AUGAGAGAUUUUACAACCAGCUCGAAGUCAAAAUCGCGCAUCAAGAGAACAAAAGAAAGUGCAAGGCCUGGUAAGGUUAUGAUGUCGAUGAUGUACUAGAAAUGUUCUAUGAAAUACUACAUUUUUAAUAUAUAAACUUUGAUAUAGAUUUAUUAUAUUAUAGAUUUAUUUGUAUAUAGAUUUAUUAUGCAGCACCAUUGUUUGCAUGUAAGGAGGGCCCCCUAUGCCUCUUCACAAUAUGCUUUCACGUAAAAAUAUUUUGCCUUUUCACGAGUCACGGAUUAAGAAAAUCAUCGAUCACGUUUCACGGCUAAGUAAAAUAAGCCCUUCACGCAAAACGUAUAGGGGGCCCGAUCACGUUUCACGGCUAAGUAAAAUAAGCCCUUCACGCUUCACACAAAAAGUAUAGGGGGCCCUCUGUAAGUGAUCUGGGGUGAAUGCCCAGAGUGUAAAGUUUUGCCUUUGGAGGAAUUUAACCCAUUGAGCCGCAAUGCGCCCUACUUAUUUUUCUUGCUUGUCUAACGCCAGAUGAUUUUACUCGUCAAUGGGGAAGCUCUGCAGCUUAAUGGGUUAAUUUCCUGCACAAAAAUUCUUCCAAUCAUGGAAAUCUGCACAAAAUUUUUCAAAUUGUAACAAACUGCAAAUGAUUUCUAAAGAUUCUGCAGAAAAUGCCUUGGUGAACCAAGGACCAAGCAGAUCAUUUGUUAUCUUCCUAUGAUAAAAACAUUUUCUGACUGCAGGAUCCAUUGGUCUGCCAUCUAUAGCAUAGACAAUCGCUGGUUGUUUCUUGAAAUCAUAACCUAAAAUAUUUCCUCCUUAUGUCGAGGGAAAUGUUUUAAAAUUUGAAUUAUGACACAAUCUUAAAAACUGCAGUAUUCCCUAAAAUUGUGGGAAAUGCCAUUUCAGAGAGUAAAAAUUUCAUUCUCAGGCCCUACGCCCAGGGGAGUGGUAUCUUUGACACCACAUAGCCACUUACUUAAUUAAUGUUUAUGUAUUGUUGAUUUGUUGUAAUGCCAACUGAUCACACUCAUCAAAAAAAAAUUUCCUACCUGAUUUUUCAGGAAAUUGAAACUGGAACCACCGUCUAGCUUUUAUUAGGUACUUUGGUGAAAGUCAGAUUGAUAUUUUUCUAUUUUAGAACUUAAGGUGGAUGGCUGGACAAAAUACAACUUUCACAAUACAUUUGAUCUCCGCCUCGAUAGUUUUACAGACGAUGUCCCAAGGAUUAACUACAAUGAAACCUCGCAUGACGAGUUCAUCAAGAAAUACGAGAGACCACUGAGACCUGUGGUGAUCACAAAUUGUCUGGAUUCUUGGCCGGCCAUGAGAAGAUGGACUUUAGAAGUAAUGUCUAUUUGGACUAGAUAAGCUCUAUCAUUUCUGAACUGUUCUUCCUUGAGGUCCAGUAAGGAUCAUCUCUUAUUGAUCCAGUGUUACUACAGGAGGUUCCUAAACUAAACUAACUUUAAUUAUACUGGAUAGCUCUAUCAGUUCUAAACUGUUCUUCCUAGAGGUCCAGUAAGGAUCAUCUCUUAUUGAUCCAGUGUUACUACAGGAGGAAGCUCUAUCAGUUCUUAACUGAUUUUCAAAACAAUGAAAAGGCAAUGGAGCGUUCUGACUACUGGAUCGUGACUUUUGUUAUCCUAAUUGUUGCAUUAUAGAAAAGUGUAAAAAAUGACAAAUAGUGUUUCAGGAAUAAAUUGUCUAUAUCUUCAUGUACCAUUUCCAGAGAUUGGUGAAGAAAUAUAGAAAUCAGAAAUUCAAAGUUGGUGAAGAUGAUGAUGGUUACUCUGUGAAGAUGAAACUGAAAUAUUACAUGGAGUAUGUUAAAACAACAACUGAUGACAGUCCUUUAUAUAUUUUCGAUAGUUCAUAUGGUGAGGUAAGGUGAAGAAACCAUUGAUUAUUGACUAGCAUAUUUUAGCCAUCUCCUAACUCUACUGUUUCUUGUUUUACAGCACCAUAAAAAGAAACGAUUGGUAGAAGAUUACGAAGUUCCAAAAUAUUUCGCUGACGAUUUAUUUCGAUAUUGUCGCGAAUCUAAAAGGCCGCCUUAUAGGUAUGGCCAAUUGAAUCCUGUGUUUAAAUGCCUGCUUGCAUUGUACUUAUGGACAUUGAAUUUGUUGAAUAACAGCACUUCUAGUUCAUGUAAAGGCCAUGUUACUCUGGCCAUAUUUGCUACGACUUGCAAUGCAACCUCAAACACAGAGCCAAUUUGUUAUACAUCUAAAAGCAAUGUGAAUUUCCAUACAAUUGUUGAAUUUCAAGACGUUUCAUUUUUUCAACUUUAAUUUCAACUUUGGGAAAACGAAAUUUUGGAUUGUCAGGGCAGAGUCUCUAAACAUGUCCAUAUCAGAAAAUGUUUAGUCUGUUGUUUCUUGGCUCCUAACAGCCACACUAUUUACUUUGUCUGUAGAUGGUUUGUGUUGGGUCCAGCUCGCUCAGGGACUGGUAUCCACAUUGAUCCCCUCGGCACUAGUGCCUGGAAUAGCCUGAUAUCCGGGCACAAACGCUGGGUGAUGUUUCCUACACAUGUGCCAAGGGAGGUGGUGAAAUUAACGUCCAUUGAGGGAGGAAAUCAGAAAGGAGAAGCCAUAACUUGGUUUAAUACAAUGUACCCAAAAAUUAAAGAUCCCUCAUGGCCUAAAGAAUAUGCACCGGUAGGGAGUGGGACUUGUUUAUACUGCAUAACUCUAUCAGUUCUAAACUGUUCUCUCUUUUGGUAUAGUAAGGAUCAUUCUUCAUUGGUCUAGUGUUACUACAGGAGAAAACCUAAAUUAAACUGAUUUUAUUUAAACUGAAUAGCUCCAUCAGUUCUAAACUGUUCUAUCUAGAGGUCUAGUGAGGGUCAUCUCUUGUUGAUCCAGUGUUACUACAGGAGGAAACCUAAUUUAUACUGGAUAGCUCUAUCAGUUCUAAGCUGUUCCCCCUAGAAGUCCAGCAAGGAUCAUCUCUUAUUGAUACAGUGUUACUACAGGAGGAAACCUACAUUAAACUAACUUUGUUUAUACUGGAUAGCUCUGUCAGUUCUAAACUGUUCUUCCUAGAGGUCUAGUAAGGAUCAUCUCUUUAUAUUUUAUUUAUACUGGAUAGCUUUAUCAUGCAGUUCUAAACUGUUCUCUCUUAUUUUAAUCUUUCAGCUGGAACUUCUACAAUCUCCUGGUGAAACAGUUUUUGUUCCCGCUGGCUGGUGGCAUGUUGUGUUAAAUUUAGACACGACUGUUGCUGUCACUCAGAACUUUUCUAGUCCGACCAACUUUCACAUCGUUUGGCCAAAAACGAUCAGGUAUUACAAAGAAAAGAGUUCAAAUUUCGAAUUACUGUUAUACUAUAGUUGUUACUAUAAUCAUUGAAAUUUUUACUUUUCAGAGGUCGACCCAAACUUUCUAAACAAUGGUAUCAGAGGUUACAGGUGUGUAUAAAUUGCAGUGAAGAAGAUAAUUUUUCGAAAUAAUGGUUUCUGUAUUAGAUGCAAUUCAAGCAUGCAGCGUUGAACAGAGCCUUCGCGACGUUUCAAUUUAUUAUAUACUCUCGAAGGCUCUGGAAUCCAGGGUAGCAGUAUACUAGUUCUGGCAUAAAUAAAGUUAGUUUAGUUUGGGUUUCCUCCUGUAGUAACACUGGAUCAAUAAGAGAUGAUCCUUACUGGACUUCUAGGAAGAACAGUUUAGAAUUGAUAGAACUAUCCAGUAUAAAUAAAGUUAGUUUAGUUUAGGUUUCCUCCUGUAAUAACACUGGAUCAAUAAGAGAUGAUACUUACUGGACCUUUUUGGAGAACAGUUUAGAACUGAUAGAGCUAUCCAGUAUAAAUAAAGUUAGUUUAAUUUUUCAGAGACAACGUCCAGAACUUAUUGAGAUAGCUGACAGAACGGGAACGGAUGGUGACGCUGGCGUCCAGUCUGAUUCAUCCAGCUCGUGCUCAUCGUCGUCCUCGAGUUCAAGUGACAGUGAAACCUCGGACAGUGAACAGAGAGCGGAGAAUAGAAGAAAUAACAAUCAUAUAAAGAAAAGGUGAGCUACCAUACCAUACCAUACCAUGGUAAACCAUACCUAAAAAAAUUGAGAUGCAUACGGAUUAAUCCCUAUCCAUCUCAAUUUUCUGGUGUUUUUCAGUUUUUGCUAUUAUAGAUAUAUGCUGUCAUAGUUCGUUCGAGUUCAUACCAUGCAACCAUACCAUAUACUAAACUAUGUCAUACAAUACCAUGCCAUAUUGCCAUGCUAUACUAUACAGCACGCAAGAUGAUCAUCCAUGCAUAAAUCAACGCAAUGGUGAAGUUUUCUUUUUCUAAAGAAAUUGUAAUAAUAGUAUUAUAGUGCAUAUUGUCGCUAUACGAUACAUACAGUGUAAUUGCAGUCUACUUUUGACAAAUUGCUUUGGCCUCAAAAAGUCUUCAAUAAUUUUGAGAAACAUUCUUUUCACGGAAAAAGGUGGUGUUUUCUAGAAAGCCAGACGUAUAACCAGUAACCUGCUUUUCGUAUCUGAGGUAUAUAACCCUUAACAUAAGAUAAAAAUGAUAUUAUUUUAAAAUUGAUGACAAUUUAUCUUUGUAAAGCGCACGAUUUUCCGCUCUUCGGAAUUUAAAGCAGCUUCUUAAACAGUUUCUUUAUGCAAAAAAUUUACCUAUGUCAAGCUUUUAUGCACUUGUGAGUUCAGCCGAGUGCUAAGGCAUUCAAAUUCUAACAAUACGUUAUUUCAAUAGUUUGUUUUUUUGGAACACCCUGUAGCGUAAACCGCAGCCUCACAUUGAAUAGCUGUUCUCCCUGGAUGUCCAAUAAGACCACUGAUGCCGGGAAUGGUCCAUUGUUACUGCCAGAGGAAACCAGGAAAAUAUAUCAGUUCUAAAGUGUUCAAGGUUCAAACUAUGGGUCCAGCAAGGGGCUUGUGUAAAAUAGAUAACAUUUUGAAAUUUAUGCACCGCUUCAAUCUUCUUUACAUGACGUACCUGCUGUAAUUACCAGUAAUCCCAAAUUAAAUAGGAAAAAUCCGUAGACGCUACCACAAACAAUCAUUUAUUUUUUAUGUAUUUUCUUGCUAAAAUUCCAAUUUUCGUCUGUAAUAUUGUAGUCAGGUAGUUCAAGAUUAUGUUUAUUUUAAAGGUUAGUGCGAAUAUUUUGUUUUAACUAAUAAUUUUUGCUGAAGAAUUUGGAAAAUUUUCAAGACAUGGUUUUGUAAUUUUGACAAUUAUUUCAUUGAAUAUAGGGCAUGUUUUUUUUAUUUAAUAUCAAGUAGAAAUGCUUAAGCUGUUGAUAGUUUCACGGUUUUCAAAGAGAAAUUGUUAUAUCGCUCGUAAGGUAUACAAAGACUAUUUUUGAUUUUGAUUUUAAAUGUGUUUAAACAUCCUGUCAAGUUCCGAUUUGGAUGAAAAUAUUUACAAAUUAGCUUCUAGUAUAAACAUACGGAAGUGUUUUGAAACGGGGGUUUGAAAAUGGGUAUGAAAAUAUUGUACUGUAGUUGCAGAAAUUGUAUUUUUGUUAAAUGAAUGUGAAAAGUACUUGAAUUGACACUUGACAUCUUGAGGCACUUUCAUAACGAAAAUAAUUGACAGAUGUGACAUCUGCCAGGCAUAUUUAUGUCCGAUUUUAUACACUACACAACUUUUGCCUAAAGCUGUCGUUUGCAACCUGCUUACAACUUGAAAAUUUAAACCAAGCACACAAUUAACUCACCUACAACAACAUAGACAACUAAGACAAGUUGUGAGCUUGAUUUACACUGUACGACUCGAGUUAUAAGUAUACAACCGUUUUAGGCAGACGUGUACUCGUGUAGUGUGAAUUGGCCUUCAGGGGUUGACAACCUUGCAGUUGUUUCUAACAGGUGAUAUCAGUUAAUUUGGCAUCCGGCUGUGUCUUAAGGUACAUUUGCACACAACAAUGAAUCGAGCAGACUUCAGGUUUUGCCGAAUCUUAAUGACAAAUGUUUUCAGUUGCCAAUGUCAUCAGAUGAUGUUGACAGCAUAUGUUUCAAAUAUCAUUUACUUAAUCGGCCCAAUUAAUUGUUGUGUGCAAACAUACCUUUAAACAGACCUUUAACAAGACCCUAAGACAUUCACCCUAACAUCCGCAGGGAAUAGACCUGGACUCUUGUCCUGGUCAAUCUCUUGGACCGUGUGACGUGAUACGAAACCUGAGAAUUGGUUUAUAUUCAAUCUAGAAAUACCGAUGGCCACAUCCUAUGUAAAGGCUUUGUAUGACUACCAUUCUGGUGAAACUGGCGAUCUGAACUUCAGUGCAGGAGACGUCAUUCAAGUUUUAAACCAGAUUGACGAGAAUUGGAUCAAGGGUGAACAUGAUGGGAACAUUGGUUUAUUCCCUGCAAACUUUGUCGAACCAUUGGUUGCUUCUGCAGCCAAUGAAAAGGAAACAUCUGCUUCUGCCAUUGGAAAUAUAGUAUCUAAUACUCCUGGAAAGACUGUAGUUGCAAAAGAAACAUAUAUAAGCGGUCAUGACGGUGUGCUGACGUUUUUUCGAGGCGAUGAGUUGACAUUUUUAGGUCGUGUGGAUGAGUAUUGGUGUCAGGGAAGCUUUGCCGGUGAAGUUGGCCUUUUCGCUGCACACCUGGUCGACGGCUUGGAUGAUGUCCCCCCACCGCCCCAACUCCAUGAGCCAAGACACCAAAUCACUACAGCAACUGAAUCAACAACAUUGCAGGAAAAUCCUACCAAGCCAAGUCCCCACGAACCCCAUGCAAAAACAUUGUUCAAUUUCAAAGGGUUGUCCAAUAUUGAACUAAGCUUUCCAGCAGGACAAAUCGUCAUCCUGACAAAAGAUAUAGAUACAGAAUGGUUUGAGGGUACUUAUGAUGGAAGCACAGGAAUUUUCCCGAAAAGUUUUGUGGAAGUUUUGCGACCAUUACCCAAAGGCCAUCAGUUAGCCGAGAGCCAGCCAUUUUCAACAAACCAGCCGUUGCCCAAGAGCCAAGCACCAAAUGUAAAAUCAGAAACUCUAGAUGUUCCAUAUGCUAUAACGGUUUAUCCGUUUGUCGGUGAGACUUCGUCAGAGCUAUCAUUUAGAGAAGGUGAGACCAUCCUUCUUCACCAGUGGGUUAGCUCGGAAUGGAUAAAAGGGGAGUGUAAUGGUCAGAUAGGGAUUUUUCCGUCGACCUUUGUUCAGAUUGAGAAAGGACUACCACAGGAUUUUGAAGAACUGUCGGGAGCGGCUACACUCCCUGGUGAGGGAGCUACCUCUUUUGGGGAUGAGGAAGGUCUCCCUCAUGCCCAAGAAGAGAUAGUGUACUCAUUAAAGACCGGCGACAAGGCAUUGGCUAUUUAUAAUUAUGCUUCCGAUAUUGAGGGGGACUUGCAUUUUGAAGUUGGGGAUAUGAUUUGGAUUGAGCAAAUUAUUGACGAGGAGUGGGUUUUGGGACGAAAAGGUGAAAACAUUGGGCUUUGUCCAGCCGUGUUUCUUGAGCUACAGUCAGAUGAAUUGAAAACUAAUCAGUAUAAUGAAACUACACAAAGGAAUGAACUUGGCUUAUCAGAAUCAGUUAGUCCAAUGACAAAUAGUGGUCCUACUCCAGUGUUGGUAAACUCAGCUGGAUCAAAAGGUAAUCAUGUACCACCAUCUUCUCAGAACAAAUCAAUGUAUGUGGGAUCAACUAGACCUAAGACAAAGACUAGUUCCAUUUCUGGUUUGACAAUAUCAGCUGAACUCAAAACUAAUCAUUUUCCAUCUUUGCAAACCCCGUCAAGCAGAAAUGCCUCUACAGUCACAACUGCACCUGAAAUUCAACUUUCUCCCGCCUCUCCUCUUGCUGAAAACCCACCUAACCAACCACAAACUAAACCUUUAAACCAAACGACAACCAAACCACCACAGUUGAAACCGACCACUCUUUCACUCGGCCCCAAACUACCUCUUGCUCCAAAGCCGCUCAUCUCACCCAAACCAGAUUUCUUAAAGAAGCCGGUUAAGCCUGUUUCAUCACCAGUAAAACCAGUCCUACCACCUAAACCUGUUACACCUACGAAGAAAAGUCCUGGAUUUUCAAAAACAAAUGGUAAUUAGAUUUGUUUUAGUAUGUGUUGUAUAGUGUAUUUUCUAAGAUAUGUGCUGUAUAGUGUUUUUUUUUUAAGAUUUUGCCUGUCCUUGCACUUGAACAAGUUAAUACAAAAUUUAACUAAUCAGAUUUUUUUUCUUUCAAAUCUCAAGGGAACAAGUGGGUGACGUUUGAAGAUCAAAACGAAACUCCGUCCUCCAAAUCUGCCCCUCCAUCGAGAAACAAAACCUUGAAAGGCUCGCCCAGUAUGUCUUAUAAAGCCUUAAUGGACAAAUCUAUAGAUGAUGAUCUUACAUCUCCACUCCCCCCUGAACGUCCAGUCCCCCCGCCCAGGCCGUCCACUCCCGAUGCACUGUCGAUGAAACUAAUGGAACAGGCAGAACAGUUUGAGAAGAGUGGUUCAAGACAGAAUUCACCUUCAUUAAAUGAGCUCAGAGAAUUGUCAAAGUCCCAGAAACCAGUUCCGGCUAAAAGAAGCAAGCAGUCUGCAAGGCCUUUGACUGAGCAAGGUAUUGUUAUGGUAUCCAGUAUGGUAUGGAUUGUGUGGUAUGGUGUGGUGUGCUGUAAUUAGUAUAAGAUGUGUGGUAUGGUGUUGUGUACACAGUAUGGUAUGGUAAGAUAAGAUGUAUGGUAUGGUAUGGUGUAGUGUACAUUGUAUGGUAAGAUGUGAUGUUUGUGGUAUUGUAUGGUGUGGUAUUGUGUGGAAUUGUGCGGUGUAGUGUGGAUUGUGUGCUGUGGUAUGAUAUGAUAUGAUAUGGUAUGGUGUGUGGUGUUAAAAUAAAUCCACUUAAUUCUAGAUCAAGGUGGUUCAAACCAAGGUUUUCCAAUCCUGGAUGAACUGGAUGAGCAGAUUACAAAGUUGAACAACGAAUUACAGGUUUGUUAGGCCAAUUGUUAAUAAACUACUAUGCCCGGAAAAGGCAGUUUCAAUCUCGAUAAUUGUCUAUGAGGGCUAUCGGAAAGUUCAUGUUCUCACUAUGAAACUCUUGUUAUAAUUAUAUUUUUCUCUCACCUUCCAAUCAGAAAGAAAAUAAAGUAUUGUUAGGAGUGGAGGUUUUAAUAGAGGCUGUGAACAAAGAUACGUCGAGACAUGGAGAGCUGGAGUCGAAGAAAGGAAUUACUAAAAGAAAGAUUGAAGAAUUGAAAAGACAGCUGAAGAAAGCUGAAGGUAAAACAGACCUACCCAAUGGAUGAUUCCAGCUUUAGACUAAAUUUUGAUCUAGGCAAGAAGAACAAAAUCCAACAGCACAGCUAGAAAGAGCAUGUUAAAAUUAGUAAGAUUGCAAAGUUUGGUUGCGAAAUGUUGUAAAAUGAGGAAAAUAUAUAUAGCCCUGUGAAAUUGCAAAUUUUGUAUUAAUUUGUAUUACGUACGGGAAAAUGCACCACUUUCGGUUCAAAUGUAGUGCAUUUUCCCGUGCGUAAUACAAAUUAAUACAAAAUUUGAUCACUCGCAUGUCUAGUUACCACUGUUUUGAUAAUGUACAGGUAAGCAUAGAAUGGAACAAAGGUAAUCAAGCAUUUAAAUUAUUCACUGUAUAUCAUGAAUUGGUUGUCAACGGGCAAGAACGCGCAUUAGUUGAUCAGCUCCUUCGUAAAAGUUAACAUUUACUUUAUAUUUAAAUAGACCAAAAGAAACGUCUUGUAAAGCUCUUGGCUGGAUAUACCUCGCAAGAGCAAAUACACUUGAAAAUUCAGCAAUUACAAGAGAGCAUUAAGGUACUUACUGGACUUCAAGGGAGAACAGUUUAGAACUGAUAGAACUAUCCAGUAUACAUAAAGUUAGUUUAGUUUAGGUUUCGUCCUGUAGUAACACGUUGGAUCAAUGAGAGAUGAUUUACUGGACCUCUAGAGAGAACAGUUUAGAACUGAUAGAGCUAUCCAGUAUAAAUAAAGUUAGUUCAGUUUAGGUUUCCUCCUGUAGUAACACUGGAUCAAUAAGAGAUGAUCCUCACUGGACCUCUAGGAUUAGCAGUUUAGAACUUGUAGAGCUAUAUGUGAGGUUAGUAAGAGAUGGCCCUUACUAGACAGAGCUGUAUAUAUACUGUGCAAUAAGUGCAUGGUCUUUGUUACAACAUAGGAAAAUAUAGAGACGAAGAAAAAUUUGCAGUCGUUGUUGUCUGAAUGCGAAGAGGAAGAAGUCCGCAAUGAACUCCUGGACAACAUCACAUUUUGUGACGAGGCAAUCAAAAAUUUGAAAUCAGAAUUAAGCUCUUUAGAAGGUAGGUCGGCAAGCUUGAACUAUUGAACGGUAGCCGCUCGUAUGAUGUUACGCAAGUCUAUCUUGCCUUGGACAUUAAGGCCAGUUUAAAUUUUCACGUGACAGUUACUUGAAUAGCGAUUGUUGUGUUUUAUAGACCUCGUUGCUCAGCUCGAAGGAAAGGUUUUGGGUGAGGGUUCAGGAAAAGACGUGACACAUCGUAAAAAAGUGAUCGAUGAAAUAUUGAACACGGAGAAAUCAUUUGCUCGGGAUUUGAAUCUUUGUUUGAAGAAUUUCAUGAUGCAACUUAUUGAAUGGAAGGUACGUUGAAUGGUAGAGUUGAUGAUGGUGAUAGUGAUGAUGGUGGUGGUGUUAGUGAUGGUGGUGAUGAUGAUGGUGAGAAUGAUAGUGAUGAUAAUGGUUAGAGUGAUGAUAAUGGUUAGAAUGAUGAUGGUGGUGAUGAUGAUGGUGGUGAUGAUGUUGUUGGUGGUGGUGAUGAUGAUGGUGGUGAUGAUGAUGAUGUUGGUAGUGGUGAUGAUGAUGGUGGUGGUGGUGGUGAUGAUGAUGAUGGUGGUGGUGGUGGUGGUGUUAGUGAUGGUGGUGAUGGUGAGAAUGAUAGUGAUGAUAAUGGUUAGAGUGAUGAUAAUGGUUAGAGUGAUGAUGGUGGUGAUGAUGAUGUUGGUGAUGAUGUUGGUAGUGGUGAUGAUGGUGGUGAUGAUGAUGGUGGUAUUAGGGAUGGUGAUGGUGGUGAUGAUGAUGGUUAGAGUGAUGGUAGUGAUAAUGGUUAGAGUGAUGGUAAUGAUGAUGGUAGUGGUGGUGGUGGUGAUGAUGAUGAUGAUGUUGAUGAUGAUGGUAGUGAUAAUGAUGAUGUUGGUGAUGAUUAUGUUGGUAAUGGUAGUGGUGAUGAUGAUGGUGGUGGUGAUGGUGGUGAUAAUGGUGAUAGUGGUUAUUAUAAUGUUGCCUUGAAGAAGUAAUUUAUCUUGAUAAUCAUUACGCUAUGAAUUUUUUUUCUUUCUACUUACCGUUUUCAUUGUCUUGCACUAGGUUGAGAUGGUUGACUGUGCUUUAUUAUUUGGUAAUAUGGAUGAGGUGGCAGCCUUAUCGAUCAGACUGUUAGAAAGAUUGGAAACUGCCACCACAGAUAUAGAUAUUCAUCACCAAAUCAUUGGUUAGUAAAGUAUCACUGGAUUCUCCAUUUCUGCAAUACUUUUAGUUUUCCUGUCUAAAUGACUUAUGUGUGCUGGACACUGUUUGAUCCUUAUAUUUGCAGGCACAUGCUUCGUUGAUUUUUCUGAGGAAAUGACGAUUGUUUAUGGAAGGCUAGUCAGCGAUCUUGCCUUGUAAGGCAAAUGACAGCAAUGGCAAACAUUUAUGGCGAUCUGGCAAACAGCAAUGGCAAAACAGCAACGCAUAAGGAAAUGUUAAAACGUUAAUGUUAAACAGGUGCAGGAAAUGUUAAACAGGUGCAGGAAAUGCGUUUGAAUGAAGAUUUGCUAUUUAAAAAUUGAAAAACCUUAACACCCAUGUCCCACUAUGGGCGCAACCACAUAUGGUUGACAGACAUUAUUCCUUGAAUUUAAAACCAUGGUCAGUUAGAACUCUAUAUGUUUAUGCACAUGCAGAUUUAGCACAAAAAUACUCCGUUGCUCUGCAGGAAAUUUUUGUCUCCAGGUUGUGCUCCCAGGAAGAAAAUUGUUUUUUUCCUGCCCUGCAUAAAAAUUCCACUCGAAAUUUUCAUCGACAUACCAUGUUUUGUCUCCUUCUCUAGUCUGCUAACAACAGAAAAUGUUUAGAAUCUAUCAGGUAUUGUAUAUUAGUAUUUCAUAACCAGAUAACCUUGUCAUACAGUAGAAAGCUAGGUUUAGCAUUUUGUGAGUGUUUACACAUUAUUUUUCUUAUUUCUGUGUUAAAGGGAGUUCUCAAACUGUUGGUAUUAGUAUUUCUGACGUUGACCAUUAACUUACUGAGACAUUGUAUUAUUACAGAACACUCCUGAUGAGCAUCCAGACAAGCCUGGGUUGAUAAAAGCCAUCGAAGUCAUGACGAUUGCAGCCAAUGAUGUGAAUGAAUUUAAGAGAAGAAAAGAAUUAGGUGAGAAUGCGAACUAACCGAGCAUUUAUAGUGAAUAGCUCUCUCAGUUCUAAACUGUUUCUCCUAGAGAUCCAGUAAGAGUCAUCUCUUAUUGAUUCAAUGUUACUACAGAAGGGAACCUAAACGAACUUUAUUUUUACUGGAUAGCUCUGUCAGUUCUAAACUGUUCUUCCUAGAGGUCCAGUAAGAAUCAUCUCUUAUUGGCCCAGUGUUACUACAGGAGGAAACAUAAACUAAACUAACUUUAUUUAUACUGGAAAAUUUAUCAGUGUUGAACUGUUUUCCUUAUAGGUCCACGUAAUGAAAACAUACGUAUAUAAUACAACGAUUCUUCUAUUAUUAUUUAGUACAAAAAUAUCAGAAGGUCGAGGAGUCGGGAUUGUCAACGAAAUUUCAGAAAUUCACUUGGCACUCUGUUGUGAAGAAAUCUUCAAGAUUCAAUCAAAGAAUAACGCAGUUGACUGGUCUUGUUUCCCAGGUCAGCGUUUCGCACUGUUUGCCGCCCAAACGUGUAACGUUUGAAACGUAAACAUACGCGAUAAAACCGUCAAGCUUUCAUGGUUGAACGCAAAUGAUAAUAUUAUUGUGAUACCCAACUAAACGUUUCUGAAUCUUUGUUUUUUUUUACCUAUUUAGACAGUGGAUCAAAAAUUCAACGAAAAUGAGAAAUUGUUUUAUCAGAUUGAGAAAACUGCGAAAAACUUUACGAAGAACAUCGCGCAAUAUAUCGAACAGUUUGAGGUAUGGAUUUUAACGCGGGUCUGGCCUUACAUCUCCCAUCAAUACUACCGUUCCCAACAUUACCCUCACCAUAACCAUCACCAUCACUGCUAUCAGUGUUAUCACCAUCAUCACCAACCCCAUGGACACCACCAUCAUCAUCAUUACUACCAUCAUCAUUCUUUACCACCAUCAUGAUCACCACCACAUCAUCACCACCAUCACCAUCAUGAUCACCAACACCAUGGGCACCACCAUUAUCAGCACAUCGUCACCACCACCAUAAUCAUCAUCACAACCAUUAUCAUGAGCAUCAUCAUCAUUGCCACCAAUUUCACCACCACUACCAUCAUCACCACCACCACCACCAUCAUCACCACCACCACCACCAUCAUCGUUUUAACGAAACUCCCAUAAUUUCCUUCCAUUCAUAAUAUAUAUUUCUAGGAUGUCCACGAGAACCAACUUCAGACUUGUGAGAACAUUACUGACUUCAGUAAAGAUAAUGCGACAGCGAAGGAUAUCCAAGAAUACAAUGCAGCACAAAGAUUUAUUGGAGAGGAUCUCGUAAAUAAACUGGUAUAUAUUGCAAACUAAACUAAAUUUUGUUCAAACUGGAUAGUUCAAUAUUUCAAACAAAAUACUUUGCAAUGUGAUUUUUCAUUUUCUAGAAACAUGUCCUAGAUGAGGAAGUGCUAUCACCAUUGAAUACUCUGAUCAAUCUAUUCCAAGGCCCUCACAGACUGAUUCAGAAAAGACAUGAUAAAUGUUUAGAUUAUGAUAGCUGGUCCAAUAAGGUGGAGAAAAUAAAAGACCGUGAAAAGUGGAGACAGGUAUUGUAUGGAGAUUAAUACCUGUGAGCUCUAUACAUAUAUAUCCCAGGGCGCGAAAUAACGGCCGGUCAACGGACAAUGUCCGGCCAGAAUGCGGAAUUGUCAAAUUCUUACCUUGCCGGUCAUUUUGACCGGUUACUUUUGGUAAAAGAACAAACAACUAAUCUUCAUUUGAAUUAAUAAUCAAAACAAAGUUGUCAAGCAUUAUAAUUAAGGACCAUAACAUGUUGUCCAAUAUCUUGCGGGAAAAGAACUUCAAUGUACGGCAGCUUUCCCACGCAGUACGUCACAAUGGCCAUGCUUUUGGCUUAAGAGUUAAUUAAGGCCAUUGUUUUAGCGCAGUGCAAGUUGUUUUAUGUGAAGGAGUUUUUAAUUACUGAUUACAGUAAGGCUUUUUGUAAUGCUAUACUGGGAAUACUGGGAAAAUAGUCACAUUUUUAGGGGUAUACUUUACUAGGCUUUGCUUUAAGCUGAAUAAUACGACCGGCUAGAAAUACGGUAUGUCCGAGCUAAAAUUGAGUUGGCCGGUCACCUUGACCGGCGUCCCUCCAGCCGUUAUUUCGCGCCCUGAUAUCCGGAGCGAGAACUUCAGUCAUUCGGCCUAUGAGAAAAGUGAACGCAAGAUGGUAGAAUUGACGCCCAAUAGCUAUGAACAGCGUAAACAGUUUUAAUUCAUCAGUUUUGCAUUGUGCACUUUUACUCCGCAUGUCUUACAACAAAUUCUAGCUAAUAUAUGUAGUCGAACUGCAAUGUAAAGUGAUAAAGAAAGAGUAAGGGCAAAGAGAAAAACACUCUGCAUUGAUUAGGCGUGCUUCAGGAAAUAUAUGCGAUUGUUUAUGUAACUCGUAAAAGGGUCAAGAUGGCGCCAUAUGGGGGGAAAAGGUGGCGUAUUGCACUUGUCAUAUCUUCGUGACCCCAACUUUUUUUUCUAUUUUUACUAUGAGCAUAUGAUAAACUUCACCCCUGGGAAGUUUCAGCAAAUUCUUAUUUCCACUGAUGAAUCACCUCUAUACCAUUUUCCCCAGGAUGUUCACUUUGGAACAACUUGUAACAAGUCUGUUGAGGUCAGCAACCUUGUAGUAAGUUGUCAACAAGGCGUUGGCAACUCGUUAACAAAGCUGGGAACAAGCAGUGCGAACACAUCCUGUUGAUAAGUUGUUGGAACACCAUUGCUACCAGUCUGCUUCAGGUUAUUACAAGCUUACAGCAAACUUGCUACAUGGUUGAUGACUCAACGGACUUGUUACAAGUUGUUCCUGCUACUCCUCGUCGUCCUACAAAAUUAGAGAGUUUGAGCGAGAGAACGAAGUCGGACGACGAAAACGUAGUUAACAAUUUUUGCCUGUCUUGCACAUUACAUUGCGCAUUCUGACUUUAGAGUCAGGGGUGAAGACAGAUUAUAGAUUCAUGUCUAGCUGUUUAAGAAUGUUGACUCAAAUCCUUACCCUCAUCAGGACAAAACAGCGAGACAUGAGUCCAUAUCCCGUCUUCGUUCUUCUGCCUUCGUUCACAACGAAUAUUUUGGCAAAUUCGACGUGAACUUCGUAAUGCACGAAGGUAGAAGAACGAAGACGGAAUGUAGUUUCAUGUCUCGCCAAGAAUCAGCCAAUCAGGGUCAGUAUUCAUAAACAGCGACACAUGGGAAGGUACGUUGAGCAACCACCAGUGACGUCCAACUCAGUAUGCGCAAGAUAAUGUGCAGACGGGAAAAUUGUCAAGUAUGCCUUCGUCUUCGUACUUCGUUUUUCUUGCUCAAACUCUCUAAUCACAAUUCAAUAACGUGUUAAAAGGGGCAUUUCGUUAAUUUUCAUAAAUUUGUCUGUAUUUUCAUUUACAGGCAAAAGAUGAAUUGGAAUUUGCAAAGAAGAACUACGAAGCAUUAAAUGCACAACUUUUAGACGAACUCCCUGUUUUCAACAGCAAGUCAUUAAAAUUUCUACAGACCUGUAUCACUAAUUUUGCCUGUGUGCACAAGAACUUCUUUGCCGAGGCGCUCGAUCAAUUUAGUCCAUCUGUGCAGGUAAGUAUUGUCCCUUUCGUGUCCACAUUAGAGAGGUCCAAAUGUACUUUAAUUUCGUCACUUUAAUUUUUCAGCUUUCUGUGGUAAACGCAGGGAGCGUGAACAUCAUCGCAGACUUCUUCUCGCAGAAUAAAGUUGCGUCUCACGACGUAUUUCAACUUGCAUUUACGCCAAAGAAAUCUCUCACUCUGACCAGGCCUGUGGGCCCUAAUGUUAGCCCGGUAUGUUUUUUUUAUGUUUAACUUUAUUUAUACCGGAUAGCUCUAUCAGUUCUAAACUGUUCUUCCUAGAGGUCCAGUAAGGAUCAUCUCUUAUUGAUCCAGUGUUACUACAGGAGGAAACCUAAACUAAACUAAAUUUAUUUAUACUGGAUAGCUCUAUCAGUUCUAAACUGUUCUUCCUAGAGGUCCAGAUUAGGGGCAUCCCUUAUUGAUCCAGUGUUACUACAGGAGGAAACCUAAACUAAACUAAAUUUAUUUAUACUGGAUAGCUCUAUCAGUUCUAAACUGUUCUUCCUAGAGGUUCAGAUUAGGGGCAUCCCUUAUUGAUCCAGUGUUACUACAGGAGUAAAACUAAACUAACUUUAUUUAUACUGGGUAGCUCUAUCAGUUCUAAACUGUUCUCCAUAGAGGUCCAGUAAGGGUCCUCUCUUAUUGAUCCAGUGUUACAGUAGAAGGAAAUCUGAAGUAAACUAACUUUAUUGACAUUGGAUAGCUCUAUCUGAGAAUGUUUAAAUUGCUUCAAAAACGAUCGAUCUAUUCAAAAAAUACGUUGUGUAAGUCGAGAAAUCAAACUUAAAGUUUAUGCAAAUCAAGGGAAAUCUCUAUCACAUAUAAAGAUACGACACGCUUAUGAUUUUCUUUGUUUUCCUCAUGAAUUAUUAAUGAGUUUUUUAACAAAGUUUAAGUAUUUUGUUGUUCUCUACAAAGAAUUAAUAUACAAAAAUAUUUCUCACCAUAAAUCUGUGGCAAAGCUAGCCAUGGCAACUGGUCAUGCUAUUCUAGUAAACCUACAUCUAAAUAGGCUAAAAACUAUUUUCAUAUUGUUCUGACACUGCAAUCGAGCAACGAAAAAUUCGUUGGCUCGAGUGGGAUUUGAACUCGCAUCUUCGGGUAUCUAGACCGCCGCUCUACCCAUUGAGCUAUCGAGUCAACGGGGAUUGGUAACGAGUCUUAUCCAAUUUAAGUGCACGAAAUAUUUUCGUGACGACUUACGCUUGUCUUAGAGGACGCGCAGUGUUUCAAUUCUAUUUCACAACCACCCUCAGAGAUACGAAAAACUAGUUUCAUAUUAUUCUGACACUGCAAUCGAGCAACGAAAAAUUCGUUGGUCAAUCCCCAAUGACUCGAUAACUCAAUGGGUAGAGCGGCGGUCUAGAUACCCGAAGAUGCGAGUUCAAAUCCCGCUCGAGCCAACGAAUUUUUCGUUGCUCGUUUGCAGUGUCAGAAUAAUAUGAAACUAGUUUUUCGUAUCUCUGAGGAUGGUUCUGAAAUAAAUAGGUUAAAGACAAUGCAUUUGUAAAGUGUUGAACAAUGCAAAUGAUUGGAAAUUUGCAUAGCAUGACCUGUUGCUCUGACUAGCUUUGCCACUGCCAUAAAUGGACCAUUCCCCAAUUAACCAAAAUUUUGAACUCAACAAGUCUAGACAAAAAUUUCAUCACAGCUUGACAGAGCAUCACAAAAUUAGUAAUAUUCCAAAGUUUCGUUGCGAAAUGUUGUAAAAUGCGGAUAAUAUAGCCUUGCGAAGUUUGCAAUUUUCAGUCAUUUUAGAUUACAAACGGGAAAUGGUUACCACUUCUGUGCGUAAUACAAAAUGACUGAAAAUUACAAACUAUAUUAUCCGCAUUUUACAACAUUUCGCAACGAAACUUUGGAAUAUUACUAAUUUUGUGAUGCUCUUUCAAGCUGUGAUGGAAUUUUGUCUAGACUUGUUGAGAUCAAAAUUUUGGUUAAUUGUGGAAUGGUCCAUUGUACAACAAUAUUAAAAUAUCAAAAACAUCAAAUUAAUAAGGUAUAAAUGUUUCCAACUUGUUAGGCGAGCGCAUCUGGAAAUUCAACUUAUAUUGUGAAGUACGCUUUCAAUGCAGAAGCACCAACCGAACUUUCUGUAAACAGUGGUGACAUCGUUAGGGUACUUCAAUACCAUGAUGCAUUUGGUCACAGUGAAUGGUGGAAGGUUGAACACAAUGGUAAAAUAGGGUUUGUACCAUCAAGCUUUCUGGCACCGUAUAAUACCAUUAGUAUGGUAUCACUAACUGGUAAUACCAAUAUGGUAAGGCCUGGACAAACUAAUAUGGUAUCAAAACCUGGUCAAACCGGUAUUAGAUAUGAUCAGACCAGUAUGCUACCAAAUGCUGGUCAAAGCAGUAUGGUACCAAGUUCUGGUAAAACUAUUAUGGUACCAAAUACCAGUCAAACCCACCUGGUACUAAAAUCUGGACGAACUGGUAAUGGUAGUGUGGUGAACAUGGCCGACCACCUUGUGAAGUAUGACUUUGAGUCGCAUGGUCCCAGUGAGUUGGGCGUGGUCACAGGUGAACUGGUCAGGGUGGUAAAAGAAAGCGAUGUUUCUGGGAGCAAUGAAUGGUGGCUUGUGGAAGCCAGAGGAGAACAAGGGUAUGUACCAGCAUCGUAUUUGGUUAAAAGAGAAUGA